AUGUCAGCACGUGUGAGGGGCAUUCCUGGGUUAAUCAGAAUUCUUGAAUGCAUGAAUGCAUUCCUGAGGAACUUACUUGCACGGAUCUUGAGGUAUUCAAAGGUAUGCAUCGAUGGCAGAUUGGAUAUACCGGUGAAGAAGGUCCCAACCGCAGGUGGACAUGUCACCAACAGGGGACUUCCAAAGUCGUUUGAGGGCAUUCCUAAAGGUCUUAUCGAUGGGAAACAAGGCCAAAAGGGCUUUAGUCCGCCAGGCAUAUCAGCACCAACUUUCCAAACAGAUGUAGACACAGACAUAGUGGUGGUUCAUCUCACACGGACCACCAAAGUCAAGGAUAGAUCACAAAGGUCCUUUUCAUUUGUCAAAGCAAAUUCAAGGAAAGAUCACAAAGGUUCUUUUCAUUGCAAAAAUAAUUCCAUUACAAAUAUACAAUUUCCAGAGCCGGUCAAAAUGGUAUAUGACCAAGUCUCAGCUACAUAUGUAUUUCCGGCACAUCAUCUUCGUCCUCUUCCAUGGGCACAUCCAUAG